AUGGCAGAUACAACAGAGAAACCUUUGAAUGAUAAAAGAGAGUAUCGUCAUUUUGUCCUUGGAGAUGAUUUGGAUGUCUUGUUAAUAUCAGAUCCUGAAACCGAUAAAGCGAGUGCAGCAUGUGAUGUGGCCAUUGGGCAACUAUGCGACACAGUCCCUGGCUUGGCACACUACUUGGAGCAUAUGUUGUUUAUCGGGACCCGCAAAUACCCAGAUGAAAAUGCAUACGAUCAGUAUUUGAGUACAAAUGGUGGUAGUUCGAAUGCCUUUACAGACCUUGAGCAUACAUGUUAUUACUUUGAUGUCCAGGCCGACUGUUUAGAAGGCGCGUUUGAUAGAUUUGCGCAGUGUUUUAUCGGACCAUUGUUCACACAGUCUGCCAUGGAGAGAGAAGUGCAAGCUGUUGAUUCAGAAUUUGCGAAGAAUAAUCAACAAGAUUCAUGGCGUAUGCAUCAACUGUCAAAGUCAAACAUUGUAUCGUCAAAUCAUCCCUAUGCAGCGUUUGGAAGCGGAAACAAAGAUUCGCUGUGGAAGGAUAACAUCCGUGACAAGCUGCUGGAUUUCUAUGAACAGUACUAUCGCAAAUCCCUGAGCCUUUACAAGCUUGUAGUGCUGGGAAAGGAGUCUUUGGAUGAUUUGGAGCAAAUGGUACACAGGUACUUCGACGAACUUGCCGCCUCCUUUGAGUCUCAGACGAAAGAGAGCACAAAGCCAACUAAGGCCAAGAUAUUGCAGGAAAUAUACAAGCCGGUGCAAAAUUGGGAACUGCCGAAACAAAUGAAUGUGGUGCCCGUGGCCCAGAUUCAUGCGAUUGAGCUGCAAUUCCCAAUGCCUCCCACAAAUGAUAUGUACGGCUACAAGCCGACAAGGUACUUGUCGCACCUUCUAGGUCACGAGGGGAAGGGUAGUUUGCUGAGUUGUCUAAAAACCAAACAUUUCGCCCAAGAACUAUACGCCGACGAUUCGUCAGCAAACUGCACCAACUUUUCGAUUUUCACAAUUCGACUCGAGCUCACAGAAGUUGGUUUCGCAAAUAUCAAAGAAGUCAUGGCGAUUGUUUUUGCCUAUAUAGAUUUGUUGCGAAAAAGUGGACCUCAGAAAUGGGUCCAAGACGAGCUGAAAACAGUUGGUGAUCUUCAAUUUAAAUUUUUGAGUAAGCGGAAUCCAAUGGACUACGUUUGUAGCCUAGCGGGCUGGAUGCAGCAUUAUGACCCGGAACACUACUUGAGUGGCGCAUAUACACUAUUUGAUUGGAAGCCCAAUGUUGUGGAGGAGUGCGUGAAUAGGCUGAACCCCGACAAUAUGCUGAUGAUGGUUUCCAGUCCGACGCUGGAGGGUAAAACAUCGUCAAAAUGCCCCUGGUUUGGAACGAGUUAUGAGACCCUAGAUCUCGAUGCGGAGUUAUGGGAGCGGUUGAAGACUGUACAGCAUUCGGAGAUCCCAGAACUAGCAUUGCCAGAGUUCAAUGAUAUGAUUGCGACGGACUUUGGAAUAUUGGAAUCGAAUCAUUUGCCAAAGGACAGACCAGUUUGUAUUUUGCAGCAUAAUGCUGUUCGAUUGUGGUACAAACCAGACAAUGUUUUCGAAAUGCCUAAAGUGAACAUGAUAUUUCAAUUUUCAUCGCCACAGUGCUCAUCGUCAACAGAAUUCGGAAUCGCACUGAAUUUGUACUCGCAAAUAGUGCAGGAAAGAUGCAAUGAGUUCAUGUAUUUGGCAUCAAUGGCUGGAUUAUACAGUGAUCUAUACGCUUCGCAGUCAGGGCUGGAGCUUCAUGUGUCUGGUUACAACCACAAAGCUCAUAUAUUGGUUCAAAGAGUAAUCGAUCAGUUGGUUGGCUUUGCUGAAAUUGAGCCCGAUAUAUUCUCUCGAAUUCUAGCUAAAUUGAAGCAGCAGUACGAGAGCUUUUUGGUAUCACAACCUUACCAACAUGCAAUGAAUGGAGGAGACUUGUGCUUGGAACACAUCAAGGCCUCAGUCUUUGAAAAACUUUCUACACUCACAAAAAUCGCCUCGACCGAGGUAUUGGAAACGGCCAAAAGUUUUUUCAAACACUGCAAAGUGGCAGUCCUUGUUCAUGGAAACGUCACAGCAGCUCAUACAAAGCAAAUUACUACCGAUGUCAUAAAGAAAGUUAGAGGAGACAUGACAGACAACGCAGCCGUCAUUCCGAAUACUGAACACCGAGUUGUUCAGUUGCCUUCGCAAACUACAUGUGUGUACAAGUUUGCGGGAUACAAUGAAGCAGACACCAAUUCUUGCGUACAGAUUCUUUUCCAAAUGGGCCCUUUGCAGAUUGACGAAAACGCUAGUCUUGCCUUCCUCCAGCACUUGAUCCGAGAACCCGCGUUCAAUCAACUACGCACAGAGGAACAGUUGGGUUACAUCGUCCACACAUCUGUGAAAACCAGUGGGUAUAAUAUCAAAGGCUUGCUUUUCUUAAUUCAAUCAGAUGGUUUCGAUCCUCCUCAUGUGGAAUCUCGUAUUGAGCGCUUUCUUGCGAAUUUUCGAGAACGAAUUGUCGCCAUGGAGUCGGAAGAAUUCCAAAACAAUGUUGACGCGAUGGUUUCAAGCUUUCUCGAGAAGAAUAAGAAUCUCGGUGAAGAGUCUUCGAGAUAUUGGAAUGUCAUUCAAAACGAGACGUUUCACUUUACAAGACUUCAAGACAUUGCAGAGCACGUGAAGACUAUGACAAAACAAAGGAUACUGAUGUUCUUUGACAAAUAUGUCGCUUCGAACGCCCCGCAUCGCCGUAAGCUUUGUGUCCAAGUCUACGCAAAGCAGCACCAAGAAAGCUUGAAGAAAAGUGAAGAUGCAAAUAUCAUUGAAAUUGAGAGUCCAUCUGACUUCAAACGAGAAAUGGGCCUCUAUCCUUUACCGAAUAAAGUGUCUGUUGAUAUUGUUGACGUGGAUGCCCAGACUAGUUAA